AUGUCCACCACACUCUUAAAAUCCACCCGCCUUGCCUCAUCCCAUUCCUCCAUCUCCCGUACCUUCCUUCGCCAAGGCGCACCUGUCAAGCUCUUACACACGUCGUUGAAGACCCACUACGCAUCAUCCAGCUCUCCUCCUCCUGCAGAGGGGUUCCUCCCCGGAGUCGCCAACUCUCAACUGAUCAAGCAUACCCACCACGAUGCCCUCCACAACCCUGAACUCGCCAGUGUCGCCAAUGGAGAGACAAAAAAGAUGAACACGUUCCAGGCUAUCAACGACGCGAUGAGAAUUGCUCUGGCGACUGACAAUACCGCCUGCGUCUUUGGCGAGGAUGUUGGUUUUGGAGGUGUCUUCCGUUGCACCAUGGGUCUCUCCGAGAUGUUUGGUCGCGACAGGGUGUUCAACACCCCGUUGUCGGAGCAGGGAAUUGCUGGAUUCGGUAUUGGUAUGGCCGCCAUGGGAUCGACCGCUAUUGCUGAGAUCCAAUUUGCCGAUUAUAUCUUCCCCGCCUUUGACCAGAUUGUGAACGAGGCGGCAAAGUACCGUUACAGAUCAGGAGGAGAGUUCAAUGUGGGCGGCUUGUGCAUCAGGACACCCUGUGGAGCGGUUGGACAUGGUGGUCAUUACCACUCUCAGAGCCCCGAGGCCUACUUCGCUCACACCCCUGGUAUCAAGGUUGUUGUUCCCCGCAGCCCUAUCCAAGCCAAGGGUCUCCUCUUGGCCUCAAUCCGUGAUCGUAACCCCACUAUCUUCAUGGAGCCCAAGAUUCUCUACCGUGCCGCCGUGGAGAUGGUGCCUGUAGGAGACUACGAGUUGCCAUUGGGCAAAGCUGAGAUCUUGACUCAGGGCAAGGACCUCACAAUUGUUGGCUGGGGCGCUCAAUUGUACGUCCUCGAAAAUGCCAUCCAACUCGCGAAAACCAAAAUGCCCGGCCUCUCUGUCGAAUUGAUCGACCUCCGCUCCAUCCUCCCCUGGGACGUCGAAACGGUUUGCAACUCUGUCAACAAGACAGGUCGCCUCCUUAUUGCUCAUGAGGCUCCCAAGACUCAGGGAUUUGCGGCCGAGAUUGCGAGCACUGUGAUGGAGAGGUGCUUUUUGAGGCUGGAGGCGCCGAUUCAGAGAUUGUGCUCUUUUGAUACCCCAUUCCCGCUUGUGUUUGAGAAGUUCCAUGUGCCGGAUAUGAUUCGGUGUGCGGAGGGCAUUGAGCGUGCGAUGAAGUUUUGA